AUGAAAACCCGUGAAGAUGGGAAAACCCGAGGAGGCAUCCUAGCAGAUGACAUGGGUCUCGGAAAGACUGUCCAAACGAUCAGUCUAAUUGUCGCCAAUAGAUCGGAGGAUAAGCAAUGCAAAAGCACAUUGAUUGUGGCACCACUGGCUUUAAUCAAACAAUGGGAACACGAGAUUGCUAGUAAGACUAAAAAAGGGACUCUGAAAGUUCUUCUAUACCAUGGACCCGGCAGAACGAAAGAUCCCGCCAAGUUGAAGCAGUAUGAUGUGGUCAUUACCACCUUUUCAGUGAUUGCCUCCGAAUGGCCGAAAACCAGCAAAAGCAAAAAGGACGAAGUAAUCGAAGUCCCCAAGCCCACUAAAGAAGCUGGUCCGCUGUAUCGUGUCAAAUGGUUCCGGGUGGUACUAGAUGAGGCGCAAACAAUUAAGAAUAAGUCGACGCGAAGUGCCAUUGGAUGCUGUGCAUUGCAAGCUGAACGACGAUUUUGCUUGACUGGUACUCCAUUACAGAAUAACGUGGAUGAGUUCUACAGUUUGUUGAAGUUUCUGCGGUUCAAGCCUUUCGAUGAGUAUUCCGUUUUCAAGUCACAAAUAUCAGAACCUCUCUCGCGCGGACGCUCGAAAGUCGGCUUAGAACGCCUUCGUGUUAUUUUGCAAGCAAUUAUGCUGAGACGCACAAAGACGACCAAGAUAGAUGGAAAACCAUUACUUAACCUGCCAGAGAGAAAUGUUGAAUUGCAAAACGUGCAGUUUGCUGAAGAUGAAAGACAGUACUAUCAGAAGUUGGAGGAAAAAAUGCGAAUGAAGUUGAAAUCAUUUCAAAAGGCUGGAUACAACAAAAACUAUACUAAUAUCUUAUGCUUAUUGCUGAGAUUGCGGCAGGCCUGUAAUCACCGUUCUUUGGUUGGGCAUGGGGCGGACAAGGAAGGAGAGGUAACCCCGGAGAAGGGCGCCGUUGAGGAAGAGGACAUUGAUGAAAUGAUGGCUAUGUUCAAAACCCUCGAAGUGGAGGCUAAUAACCGUCAAUGUACAAUCUGUUUUGAACCCUUGAGAAAUAUUCCUUCGGAUCAAAAGCAGUGCCAGGACUGCCGCGAAAAAUUUGUGGCAGCGGAAACCCUUGGGCCGACGAUCACGUCCAGGAAGGUUGGAAAGAAUUCUGCUCUGGUAGCUGAACUAAGUACAAAAUGGGUAGCAUCUGCCAAAGUAGAUAAGAUGAUGAGCAUCCUCGAUGACAUACGCGAGCGGGAUCCCGAAGGAAAAACCAUAGUUUUUUCGCAAUUCACUAGCAUGCUCGAUAUCGUGGAAAUCCCAUUGCGUAAGAAAGGGUACGGAUUUUGCCGAUAUGAUGGGUCUAUGCCAAACCCUGAGCGAGAGAGGAGUAUAGAGAGCAUUCGAAACGAUCCGAAUGUUACGGUCAUGCUUAUCUCACUCAAAUGUGGGUCUCUUGGGCUGAAUCUCACAGCGGCCAAUAGAGUGAUAAUGCUUGACAUGUGGUGGAAUCCUGCACUGGAAGAUCAAGCAAUUGAUCGGGUGCAUCGAAUUGGCCAAACGCGAAAUGUUGCGGUCAUUCGACUCGCUGUCGAGGGAACGGUCGAAGAUCGGAUCUUGGCUUUGCAGAAGAAGAAGCGAGAUUUGAUCGAUGGAGCGCUCGGAGACGCCAACUUUAAGAAAUCAAAGAAGAUGACAGUGGACGAGCUCGUUGGCCUUUUCGGCUAA